AUGUCUCCAGUCCACUCAAGACUGCUCUAUAAAGAUGAGACGCCCAGAAAAUACCGAAAAGAACGUUUUCAGUCGACCAAGGUGAAACCAUACCGGGAUAUUAGCGAGGAGAGCGAAGGUACGACUGCAUCUCAGACAUCAAUGGCGCCUGCUCCACGCGAUACGGUGACACCAGGUACCUCGGAAGCGGACGAAGUGGACAAGAAUAAGAGCACUUCGCAGGAUAAAGAGACUGCGACAGAUGAAAUUGCGGAACUGCCCCCAAUGAUACCGGUACCAGAGGUUGACAGCGAAGAGACCGCGGAAAUUCCGAGAAGGUAUCUACCCCGAAGCGUUUCCGAAUGCGAGAAUGAUGAUAGAGAGAGUCAACGCUCUAUACUCCGAAAUCCUAACCUAUCCAAAAUUCGUCCAAUGCUCGAGAAACGUCAAUCUUUUGAUCUACAGCUGGAACGCACAAUACCGGACAAUAGCAAUGAAGAUGUUAUCGAACGUUAUUACCAGAGGAAUCAAGCUACAAUUAACAGUCUGCACGGUCGAAAUACGGACACGGUGCGUCGAAUGCGAGAGCGACGUCAUCCGGUAUCAUUGGCAUCCCGAAGAAGUACACAAUCGGAGAUGGUUAUACCAGGGCCGAAUAUUCGAGAGAGAAAAAAUUUCGCCAAAUCCUUCUACUGGGUUGCUGCUAACCAUAAGAAGAUUGGAUUUCGGCAUAUUUGUAUGCUACUGCUAGUCCUUGUAUACACACUGCUGGGUGCUCUUCUUUUCUACCUGGUUGAGUCACAUUAUGAGAGAAAUAUCGUCGUGAUCCGAAAAAAUGCUUUGGAUGAAACCAUUCUGAAAAUAGCUUCUGAAAUGACGAAUAAGGUCAAUGAUCCUGAUGAGACUGUUAAUGUUACGAUGAUGGAAGAUUACAUCAAGCGAGCCUAUGUCACACUUCUACAGCAAGAAUCUGCUUACAAAGGUAGCACAUUCUAUAAAGCGGAGGAUCCUGAGAACAACUAUAAGUGGACUUUCGGAAGCGCAUUCUUCUUCUCCAUGAAUGUGUAUACAACGACCGGAUAUGGCUCAAUCGCUCCAGAGUCUAUAGCUGGAAAAUCGUGUGUGAUGGUCUACGGUCUACUAUUUGUGCCUCUGACACUUGUUGUACUUCGAGACCUCGGUCAAUGGGCACUUGUGCAUACAACGAAAAUCUACGCUCGAUUGCUGAUAAUGUUCAGAAGGGCCAGAGGACAUGAGGAGACGAAAGAUGACGAAUUGAUCAAUCUGCCAAUAAAGUUCUGCAUGGGCAUCAUGCUGGGUUAUCUGCUCUUUGCAAGUCUAUUCAUCUACGAAUACGAUGCAUUGUCUGGUCCACCUGAUUCUGGCAUGGAUUUCUUCCAUUCCUUCUAUUUUUCCUUCAUCUCAAUGACCACCAUUGGUCUCGGAGAUAUCAUGCCCAAUAACGUUACGUUCGCACCCAUUAUCACUCUCCUUUUCUUCUUCGGUAUGCCAAUCCUCAAGGUCGUCAACAGAAGUACAUAUAUUUGCGUUGAAAACGGUGUUUUCGGGACUAUGACAGUAUUAGAGAAUCGACUUGAUAGUUGCUGGACUGGUGUCCCACCAAAUGACGCCGAGGCCCAACCUGUGUCUCCUCGGCCUUCAAUACGAAGUCGAAGUCUUCGCGAUCCAAACAUGGACGAUGAAUCGUCUUCUGACGAUGAGGUUACGCAGACCAAUCAAAUGCUCAACAAUUUCACAAUUCGCUCAAUUGCCACAUUCAUGAAAUCACAGUCCGAUGUUUACGGUGGCGAUUUCGGACGAGUUAACCUUAGACGCGGUGAUCUGCUACCUCGAAAUAAUGACAACAGCGAUACGGUGCGAUCGGUAUCGUCAACGGUCCGGCGUGCGGAUUCAACGGCUCGUUACUAAUCUUGACAGCAUCUCAACAAUUAUUAAAACCCAAACUGGUACCAUUGCUGGAGUUUUCCGGGCUUUACGUGUAAUUUUUUGGUUAUAAUUGUGUUAUUUCCUUUAAUUUUUAAUUUGCCAUGUUUAUCAGUAUAUAUCAUAGUGCUAAGAGAUUUAUUUGCAUAGCUUUUCAGUCGUCGCUCGCUACUUCUGGUAAAACUGACGCAGAAAAAUCUGCACUUUCGGCCUAUGCAGCGCGUGGUUUUGGCAUCUAGUACGGCGCUGAUAAUUGCAGCAAACUUUUUACUACCAACUUUUACAACUUGGAUGGUCCCGCCGAGAAAACAGCGCCCUCUAUUGGCAUGCUGUUUAGAUAGCGUCGUUCAUUUCUCAGCUGCACCAGAUUUCCUUG